ACUGUCCAUUUAUUUCACCACACUCCGUUCUUCCAUGGACACCACCAAGUGCAUGACUUCAUCCUCUUCCCUCACACUCAAAGCCCACAUAAAAAAUGCAACCAUAAUCUCCAAAUCUCCAAUUCUUCACCGAAAAAGAGAUAUAUUUUGCCUCAAUAUCAAGAUCAGCAAGAAACAUCCAUAUGGUUGUCAAUAUCUGCAAAAGAAGAAAAACCCAUGGAGGACUCACAAAAUUUAUGUGACAAAAGAGGGAGAAAGUGUUAUCAAUGGAGCUGGAAAAAAAGGAACCAUAGCAGGAGCUGUUGCUCUUAUUGUUGGCACUAGUAUUGGUUCUGGGAUUCUUGCACUCCCACAGAAGGCCUCUCCUGCUGGUGUGGUUCCAAGUUCAAUAUCCUUGGUAGUUUGUUGGGCGUUUUUGCUAAUUGAAGCACUUUUACUCAUUGAAAUAAAUGUUGGUUUACAAAGGAAGAAGAAGGAGGGUGAAUUGGAGGUCAUUUCCAUAAGGACAAUGGCACAAGAGACACUUGGUGAUUGGGGUGGAAAUUUGGCCACUGUUACCUAUGUUUUCUUGGGUUACACUUCAAUGAUUGCCUAUAGUUCCAAGUCUGGAGAGAUCCUUUUCCAUUUGAUCAAUCUUCCUGAACCAGCUUCCGGUUUCCUAUUCACUGCACUUUUCACAUUUCUCAUCUCUGUUGGUGGAACACAAGUCACUGAUCAAGUGAACCAAUGGCUCACUGUUUCCAUGAUAGGAUUAUUAAUGGCAAUUGAAGUGGUAGCAGUUAUGUUAGGAGGAUGGUCAGGCCUGGAGGGAAAUGGUGAUUGGGGGAAAGUUCCAGCAACCAUUCCUGUCAUGAUAUUUUCAUUGGUAUACCAUGAUGUUGCACCGGUCCUUUGUGCUUAUUUAGGCAGUGACCUUACUCGAUUAAGGGCUUCGGUUUUGCUUGGCAGCCUUGUUCCCUUGUUGGCAUUGCUUGUUUGGGAUGCUAUUGCACUUGGCAUUUCAACACAAACUGACCAAGUUGUUGAUCCUAUUGAGCUGCUUAUGGGGUAUGUCAAAUACAUAGAUUCUACAUGUCACAAUUGCAAAAUCCCCUCGGUAGAAGAAUAUUAUGUUAGGGUAAAAUGGAGUGGAGUUUCAUUUAUGGUAGAAGCAUUUUCACUUCUGGCCGUGGGAACAUCAAUGAUUGGCACUCUCCUCAGUUUCUCAGAGUUCUUUAAGGAGCAGCUUAAGAACCUGUCAUGGCAUUCUUCUUCGGUACAGGUUGCCCCAACUCUUCAUAUUUCUGAAAGCAAAUACCCCGUGUCCGACACUCACGCUAUAACGGCAUUGGCAUUGGAUGACCUACAGCAGGAACCAGACAAACUGACAAAUUGGUGGGGAAGAAAUAAAACCGGGUUCACAGCAAUGGCAAUGGUGGUCACCCCAACACUAAUAGUUUCAACAACAGUUCCAGAAGCAUUCUCUGCUGCUACAGAUAUUGCAGGGGGUUAUUGCAUGACAAUGCUGUAUGGAGUUCUUCCACCAGCGAUGGCUUGGGCCAUGGGGAACAGAGAAGGUGAGGGUUCUAACCAGAAGGGAUUAACAAUGGCUUGGCCUGCAAUUUGUGGAGUUGGAUUAUUUGCCUGUGGCUUAGUGGUGGAGCAAAUUUUACAGGAUUUAUUGGCAUUGCAAUUCUGAGAAAAAGGAUAAACAAGUCUGUAUUUAACUAUUAUUCCAGAAACUAAAUUAGCAAAAGUUGAGGUUGAGAUUAGGAGAGAGACAAAA